CGUUCCGAGCGAUCGUUAACUUUAGUGUGCGCCGACCUGUUUCCGUAGACGGCCACAAAAAACCGUCAAAGACUUAGCCACCGACUCUUUUGGACUUUGAUUUCGAUUCGAAUUCGAGAAACGGUCGCUGAAUUAAAUUCCCAAAAAUUCCCAAGUGACUGUCUGCUGUCAGAAGAUAUACAUAUACAUGCAUAUAUGUAUCAUGUAUAUCAGGUAUAUAAGUGCAUCGGCAAGAUCGUGACGUCAGGGCAGCUCAAAAGUGCAAUUCCCCAGCAAAACAAAGCUCAAUUUGCCAUCCGCCGCCCGCUUCAGCCCGCUUUCGUAAUAGCAUCGUGCAAAAAAGCCAGUGAAAAAAGUUGAUAAAAAAGUGAAUCUGCUGUCCGGCAUCCCGCUCGCACCCACAGCCAAGAUCGUACCGCUGCAGUCGACGUCGCCGUCGCCGCCGCCGCGCUCUUCAUUGUUUAUGUUUUUUUGUGUUCUUCCCCCCAGAAGGCGGGGAAGCAAGUCAUAAUAAUAAAAGCAAUGCGGCGAAAUUGAGUGAAAAAUAAAUUUCGUUUACGAAAAAUAAUCAAAAAAUAUCGCAGCGAAUGAGAGGAAAAAAUUCACUGCCAAGCAAAUUUCACGCCGUAUUUAAUCGUCGCUCGCCGACCGCCUCCAGCUUAAUCGCUGCUCGUCUUUCUUUCCGCCACGUUCCGCGAUUCGCGAUCGCGAGUGUUCUGUGCCCCGAUUCUGGACAGAUAGCUCCGGCUCUAGCCCCAGUAACGGCCACCGAUCUAAUCCGAUCCCGAGUCCGAGUCCCAGCCGCAUCCCACCUUCCAGUCGCUCGCCGCGUCGCGUAGUCCAGCACUCGAAACAGAUCAUCAAUAUCCUUAAACUUGAAAAGUCCAACUCGCCAGAUAGAAGAUAGUGCUGUGUGCCCGCCUCUGAAAGUGCUGAACAAAACUUGAAAACUCCUCGAAAAUACGUUUGGUUCGCCACCUUUGUUUGGCCAUUGGAGCAGACAGGAGCAAACUUAGUUUAAGCAUUUUAAGGAUUAUAUUAGCACCCUAGGCGGCCGACGCAGUAAGAUGUCCUCACCACUGGUCCUUUUCACAGCGCUCCUCCUGGUCAGCAGCACAAUAUGCCAGGGCCUGCCAGAUUUGCACAAACAAAUGACGCCGGAGCAGCUGCAGUCAGUCUUCCACGUGGACACCCACGACGCAGUGCCCCACUAUGAGCUCGUGCAGCUCCAGCACCACGAGAACAACCACAACCGCCGGCGGCGGAGCAUCGGCGCGGGGCCAAAGGUCAACGCCGCCCUGCCGCCCCACCACGUGAAAAAGGAUCUCAGCAAGAACGCCUACUACAGCGAACUGAAGCACGAGGCCCUCGCCUCGGGCGGCAACCACCUGUUCGCCCCGGAAGUGAGUGCCAUCAAGUCGCACAACGUCUCCUUCAGCGCCUUCGGCCAGCACCUGAACCUCUCCCUCCGCGCCACCCAAGGACUCUUCAAGGGCGCGCCCCACCAGCUGCGCAUGUGGACCGUGGGCAGCGAGCCCAAUGCCACCCACGGCCUUGACCUCCAGGAGAUCGCCCACGAGCAGCACAACAGCAACGAUGUGGGCGAAGUUUUCCAGGACGAGAAGAACAUGGCCGCGAUCUUGAUGCGGCGCCACAUGGAAACCGGCGACCUGAUAAUGGAGGGCAGCAUUGGACACGACCUGGUGAUCAAGCCCUUGCCGCACGAACUGAGUCCCAAUCCGGAGGAGUCGCACCACAUCAUCUACAAGCGGGAGGCAUCCGCAGCAGAAGACCAACUGAGUGACUUUGCCUUCAUGGAACCUGAUGAUCUGCUCGCCAGCGAGAAGCUCGAGAGGCUGCAGCGCCGCCAGCGUCGCAGCAGACGCAGUGCACCCAGCAGUCCCGACUUCGAGGACCUCAACGACGAGGACGAAGGCGCCCUGGACUCAGAGCCCCAAGUGGCCGAGUCCCGCACCAGAUCCCGCCGGCAGGCCCCCUAUAUCAUCUAUCCGGAGGUCUUGGUCAUCGUGGACUACGAUGGCUAUCGGCUCCAUGGCGGCGAUAAUCUGCAGGUCAAGCGCUACUUCAUCUCAUUCUGGAACGGAGUCGAUCUGCGGUACCGCCUGCUGAAGGGGCCCAGAAUCCGCAUCAGCAUCGCCGGCAUAAUCAUUUCGAGGGGUCGUGAUGCCACUCCCUAUCUGGAACGCAAUCGAGUGGGUCGGGAUGCCAUCGAUUCGGCCGCUGCUCUCACGGACAUGGGAAAGUAUCUGUUCCGGGAACGCCGACUUCCGGUCUACGACAUUGCCGUGGCCAUAACCAAACUCGAUAUGUGCCGUCGCACCUCCGCUUAUGGUGAAUGUAAUCGCGGUACCGCAGGCUUCGCUUACGUCGGCGGCGCAUGCGUGGUGAACAAGCGACUGGAGAAGGUGAACAGCGUGGCCAUCAUCGAGGACACCGGCGGCUUCAGCGGCAUCAUCGUGGCUGCCCACGAAGUGGGACACCUGUUGGGAGCGGUGCACGACGGUUCGCCACCGCCCAGCUACUUGGGCGGACCGGGCGCCCAGCGGUGCCGCUGGGAGGAUGGCUACAUCAUGUCCGAUCUGCGCCACACGGAGCGGGGCUUCCGAUGGUCCGCCUGCACGGUGCAGAGCUUCCACCACUUCCUCAAUGGAGACACGGCCACCUGCCUGCACAACGCUCCUCAUGAGGACAGCGCCCUGGGUAGAUCUCUGCCAGGAACCCUGCUCUCGCUGGACGCCCAGUGCCGCAGGGAUCGGGGAACGUAUGCCUGCUUCAAGGACGAGCGAGUGUGUGCCCAGCUCUUCUGCUUCGACGCCCAGACGGGAUACUGUGUGGCCUACAGACCAGCGGCCGAGGGAUCGGCCUGCGGAAAUGGUUAUCACUGUCUGGAUGGUCGUUGCACACCACUGCCCUCGAACAUCAUUCCCGAUUACGGACACAACUAUCGUUUAGUCUACAAUAAAAUCGACAACAAGAAAGAUUCAGCUGAGGAUAUUGAGAGUAGUAGUGAGGAGACCGAGUCCCAAGAGGACGAGACUGAGAGUGUUGAGGAUCAGGAUGAGGGCACCACUAGCAGCGAGGAGCAGGAGGCCAACCAGGAGGACAACAAGAUCGAGCAGAGCUCUGCCGCUGGCGUCGCUGCUGCGCAGUCGACCACAACCGCCAGAAGCACGACGACAACCACUGUGCGCACCACGACCACUGCCAAGCCCAAGUCCAAGUCCUUUGGCUAUCUGCAUCGCAGCCUUCCCGAGCGACAGUGGAUGCAGGACAAUGGCGUGCUGGUCACGACGCGAAUCAGCAGCAGCGUCAGCAGCAGCAGCAGCGGUGAAGCCGCAACAGCAUCGACGCGCAGGCCAACAACAACAACAACCACACAAACACCGAACCUUUUCCAAAUCUAUACACACGAACUACGCAAACAAAUCGAAUACUACUUACACAUGCUACAGACACAACAACAUGCCACCAAAUUCCAACCAGAACAACAGCAACAGCAGUCACAACAACAACAGUCGAUAGUCGAAAUCCCCUUGGUUCAAAAACGCCUUACAAAUUAUAGUGUAACCAGCAGCAGCAGCAGCAGCAGCAGCAGCAACAGCAACGGGGCAAAGCAACAGCCACCGAGCAACAAGGACGAGAAUCAGAGACAGCAGCAGCAGCAGCAACAGGCGCAGCAGCAACUCCAGGAUGGGCUGCCCGAUGAAGAGAACGAGGCGACUGCCGGCAUUCAGAGCAAUGAAGCGAUUGAGCGGCAAAAACGUAAGUUCCCCACAACACCCACAGCAGCAACAAGUGCUGCGCAGAAAUCAGCAACACCAGCAACACCAGCAACAUCGGCAACAUCAGCAAGACCCACACCAACCACCGCCAAACCGAUAACCACAUCAUCAUUUCUCGACGCGUACUUUAAAAAACUGCAAGCCUUGCAUGACGCGGGAUCGGCCAGCAGUAGCAGCAGCACCGCCACCUCCGUGUCGUCGUCCGUCAGCUCCGCAACAAGCAGCAAGCAGCAGCAUCCGCAGCAACAGCAGCAGCAGCAAGUGCAGCAACAUGCGGAUGGCAGUCACUUUCUGAAACGUACGCCCCAGCGGAGUAGUCUUAAGGCAUACAAACCUAGUAGUAGCAGUAGUAAUAACAGCAGUAGUCAGCCCCAGCAGCAGCAGCAGCAGUAUGCGACAAACUACAUUGGCGACACCACAAACAAUCUGCCAGCGGUGUUGGACAACAGCGGCAGUGCGUCGAGCACCACGGAGACCGCCAAGAAACCCAAAAUCAAGACACAAAAACUCAUACGCCGCACACGAGUCAUGCAAACGCAAACGCAAACGAUCUGAGGAUGUGGCAGACAACUCUGAUACCCAUUAGCAUAAGCUACUCUACCUACUGAUAGCCAGAAAGAAACACUGAUCCCAGAUCACAGAUCCGAUCCACAAAGCUGCUUGAGAAACCGAACCGAACGUCCGAAAGAACCGAAGGCUCCCCAUCCAACAUCAAAAACAAGACCACACACACUAUACAACGCAACACGCAUCACACACAUUGUCAAACCGAUUGAUACCGAAACCGAAACUGAAAUCGAACCCGUUACCGAUUCGUUAUCCUUGCGUGCGUGGUUAACUGGAAGCUGUUUCCGUUCUAGUGAAAGUGUGAAAAUGCAGCCGCAUUGGGGGAACGUUUGAAACUGGCACGCAGACGUCACUGCCAUCGAAAUUGGAAGAAGUGUUUGCAGCUUAAAGUGUUUUUAGCUAGAAUUUAUUACUAUUAUACUCUGUACGAAACCCUAUUGAUUUGUUGUUAGUUCUAGCCGCAGCUAAUUCUAAUUUAAUUGCCUGUUUGCUGAGUGCAACGCAGCAGCCGAGCAAAGUUGUUAUGUUCAGUACGCGCAUAUAUUAUGUAAUCUAAUUUAAUGCAAAAUGCAAUCAAUUUUGUAAAAUAGUACAUAUAAUUCUGUAAAAAGUUCAUCUACACACGCACGCACUUUCGGCAGACAACCUAAAUUAUUCUUUGAGCCACAAAUCAAUCGAAAGGAAAUUUAAUAAUAAUCCCACUUUCCAAUGUGAUAAACAUAUAUAAUUUGUACACUCUACUUAACAAAUAUUUAUCGUUUCCUGUUGGGAAAAUGCUAGAAAGGUGGAGAAUCGAUAAUAAUACUUACCUUGCCGCACUUUGCCUGCAGAAAACUCAAAUUAUUCACUUCAUUAUUGUAUUAAACUUGUUAGAAGCCUAAAUUCUAAAGAAAUUCAUCACUCUACGUUUACCUAGCCUAAUGCUCUUUUCAUGCAGCAACAAAAUGUAAUAGCUAAGUUUUAGUUGUAGUUAACUGAACAUCGUAUAAUAGAUGAAACUGUAAAUUUAUCACACACACAAAAGAAACAAAAGCUAAGUUAAACAAUAAAUAUACAUAAAAAGAUUUGAACGUA